AUUGAUACUUACAGUAUGUAUGCAGUACAGGCUCUGCAGGACCAAGCUGGCCGGUACAAUGUUGUGCUAGUGUCAACAACAGAAGAGGAUGGCAGAAAGAUGGAGCGUUCCCAGCUCCACAGCCGGAUCAGGACGCAAUAUGGGCAUCUGCCUGCCAGCAAUCGCUCUGGUCCCAGUGUGGUCAGCCCAGCAAAUGAGCCAGAAAGACUCCAUACACAGAUGCAGGAAGGAACACCACAAGCCCAGGUGAGACGAGAUCAGGAGGCCCUACGAGAGGCUCGGGCUGAGCUCACUCAGGCCAGGAGACAAUGGCACAGCCUGCAGGUGGAGAUUGAGUCAUUGCAUGCACUGGAGAAGGGUCUAGAAAGAUCUCUGCAAGACACACAAGAGCAGUACAAAUCUCAGCUGCAGGACUUGAGUAGAGUGAUCCAGGGUCUGGAAGCUGAACUUGACCAAGUGCGGAGCAGUAUUGAAAGCCAGCGUCAGCUCCAUUACCAGCUCCUCAACACCAGGGUGCGGCUAGAGCAUGAGAUUACCACCUACAGGCAGCUUCUCGACUGUGAGGAGAAACGGAUUCAUGGAUGCAAUGACCAAGCCAAGAAUUUAAACCCAGAGCCUGGACGCAAGGAGGAACACACCUCAAAGAACAAUGUGAGAAGAACUCCUGGAGUGCUACAGAAACAGAAAAGUCUAAUCAUCUUUACAGAGAACACUGAAAGGAAAAUGGCUACGGUGAAGACACAAGAAAUCUUGCAUGGCAAUGUUGUACGGGAGAGUGCUGAGGCACAUGGCACUGUGGAGACAAAGAAGAUAGAUGUUGUCAUAAAGCAGUGGGAGGGCUCCUUCUUCCGGGGGAACCCAAAACUGCGGAAAAAAUCCAUCUCACUUCGCUUUGACCUGCAUAUGGCGGCGGCUGACGAAGGUUGUGGUCAGACACAGCUUGACGAGCUGCCUGAUGUGGAAGUGCGACUAGUGAUGAAGAGAUCACGCAGCAUCCCAAGCAUCACACCUUGACACGAGAACCUGAUGAUGUGCUGUGCCAAAGAUGAGCGUUACACUGAAGUCACACAUAAACACUAUUUAUUUCUCACACCUUCAACCCAAUCAGGGAGUAUAAUAUGGUUUUAAUGCAAGUUCACAACUGUUCACUUCCAGCCGUUCAUUUUUGUGAUGCUUAUUCACUUAUUCACAAGAAUAACCCUUUUUUAAUUUUCUCAGUUACUGUGGCAAUAUGCUCAGAAAACUCCCGCUGCUUCAGAGUUCCUUGAUGUAAGAAAGAACAUUAAAAUCCUGUAGAUUACAUAAAGACACCAUAUGAGAAAUAAGAAAGGGUGCGACUUAUAUUCUAAUCCUUUACGAUUUUAUUUGCUGUGAGCUGUUGAAUAAAAGGGUUGAUGUGGACAGAUCAAUGGAAGGCAUUUAGUUGAUUUGUGAUCUGCACAUAAAAUUCAUGCAAUGUAUGUUGUACAAUGCAAAUUUAUAUACUUAUUCUACUUGACAUGUUUAUUCUAAUCUCAGUCACGGUGUAGUUAAUGAUUUCUGUAUUGCAGUUUGACCUGACACAAGAAUGAUUCAUUUCUAACUAGGGAUACGUUCCUUAUAUAUUCUGAGUCCUAUAUAUAAAUAUUAUUAUUUAAAAUGAGUAAUGGUAAGUGAAAUCACCCUUUUCUCUGACACCAAAGAUGAAAAAAAUAUAUAAAAGCUAAUAUCCAUUUAAUUUGGGUUCCUGUAAUGUAUAAGUCUCUUCGGAAAAUGUUCUUCUCUAUGCAUUUCUUAAUAUGCUUGGAUUGUGCUUGUUAGUAGAGUAUUUGAACUUCAACAUUUAGUGAUUAAAUAGGAAAGGCAAAAGCCCUGCUUUUAAUCCAAAGAAAAAAAUGUUUCAA